GACCCGCCUGCAGUCCCUCUCAGGAACUUCCUGUUGUCACCACACCUCUGGAUUAGCUAUCUGAGCUCUCAGCAAAGCCCUCAGUGAAACUCUUAAGGCUCUGCCCAGGGAAUCACUCUUCUUGUGAAUGUGACACACACUCUCUCCAGUUUCCAUAUGCUGAGAUUAUACUUCUUCAUCAGUUUGAUGUGCUUGGUCAAAUCAGACCCAGAUGAAACAUGUCCUUCAUUCACCAGACUGAGCUUUCACAGUGCAGUGGUUGGUACAGGACUAAAUGUGAAGUUGAUGCUCUACACAAGAAAAAACCGGACCUGUGCACAAGUCAUCAACUCCACAGUUUUUGGGAACUUGAACAUGACCAAGAAAACCACCUUCAUUGUCCAUGGAUUCAGGCCUACAGGCUCCCCUCCAGUUUGGAUGGAGGAUUUAGUACAGGGUUUGCUUGAUGUAGAAGACAUGAAUGUGGUUAUUGUUGAUUGGAAUCGAGGAGCUACAACUGUAAUAUACAACCACGCCUCCAGUAAGACAAGAAAGGUCGCAAAUGUCUUGAAGGAAUUUAUCGACCAGAUGUUGGUAAAAGGAGCUUCUCUUGACAACAUUUAUAUCAUUGGAGUAAGUCUAGGAGCCCACAUAGCUGGGUUUGUUGGAAAGAUGUACAAUGGGCAGCUGGGGAGAAUUACAGGUCUUGACCCUGCGGGCCCUUUAUUCAAUGGGAGACCUCCUGAGGACAGAUUAGAUCCUGGUGAUGCACAGUUCGUUGACGUCAUCCAUUCUGACAUUGACGCACUGGGCUACAGGGAGCCUUUAGGAAACAUAGACUUCUACCCAAAUGGAGGACUGGAUCAACCUGGUUGCCCCAAGACAAUAUUGGGAGGAUUGAAGUAUUUUAAGUGUGACCACCAGAGGUCUGUGUACCUGUACCUUUCUUCUCUGAGAGAGAACUGUUCCAUUACCGCAUAUCCCUGUGACUCCUACCGGGAUUAUAGGAAUGGCAAGUGUGUCAACUGUGGCAUACCACAAAAGGAGUCCUGUCCCCUUCUGGGCUAUUAUGCUGAUCAUUGGAAAGAGUAUUUAAAGCAGAAAAAUCCUCCUAUGACUAAAGCGUUCUUCGACACAGCUGAGGAGAAACCAUACUGCAUAUAUCAUUACUUUGUGGACAUUAUAACUUGGAAUAAGAACAUAAGAAGAGGCUCCAUUACAAUCAAAUUGAAAGAUAAAGCUGGGAAUAUCACAGAAUCCAAAAUCAAUCAUGAACCUGCAAUAUUUCAGAAAUACCACCAAGUGAGUCUGCUUGCAAGAUUUAAUCAAGACUUGGAUAAAGUGGCAACUAUUUCCUUGGUGUUCUCUACAGGAUCUGUAAUAGGCCCCAAGUACAAGCUCAGGGUUCUUCGCAUGAAGUUAAGGUCACUUGCCCAUCCAGAGAGGCCCCAGUUGUGUCGGUAUGAUCUUGUACUGAUGGAAAACAUUGAAAACGUCUUCCAACCUAUCCUGUGCCCCAAGCUGCAGAUGUAACUGUUGUUCGGACACGCGGGCACCAGUGACAUCAAGAAAACUACAACUCCAGGCUUUUGUAAAGCGUCACUUCACCUUCUCAAGGCACAAAAAAGUAUGAAUAAGCAGGUUUUUUUUUUCUUUUCCUGGCAGCGUCCCCUGGAUGUCAUAGUGCAGAAUGCCAAACGACCUUGGAUUAUGGAACGGUCCUAGGAGGGGAGCCCCUAAGUAGGGCAAGUCGGAAAUAGCCAGGCUCCCCACAGCCCAGCGCCUUGUGUGGCUGCGUCCUGGGGCCUCCUCCGUUCCAGCCUGUCGGGUCUGCAGCCGGUCACUCGGGCAGCUCUGCUCAUCUCCGUGGCCUGUCAAGCAUCUGAAAGGGAAGGACUGGCUGGACACCUCACUUUGGACUUGACCCUGCGUUCCCUGUGCCAAACUCCUCCAGGUCCUUACAUGUAGAAAGGAGUGGAGCCUGACCUACCUCACAGGGCUAUUGUGGGGGUUUGGGAGGCAAGUCUGUGAAGGGUUCUUUGAAAUCCUAUGGGUGCCACAUCCUUGAGUGGUUUGAUAAAUGUGAAUACUCUUUUAUUUAUUUUGAUAUGGCUGAUCUAAUAUGCAGUAUGAGAGCCUCUCCUUAUUUCCAACAGCCUCUCUUGAGCUGUUUGCUCUGGGAAGGCAGGAAGGCCACACCCCGGCCUCUCUAAAGAGGGCUGGUGGGUGGAGGAAGUGGGGACAGAGGGCCAGCCCCAGGGGCAGCUGCUGGGACUAGAUAGUGAGCAGAUGAAGGAAGAAUGGUAGAUGAAGGGGUAGGACAGCCUCGCUCCCAGGGGCAGUGGAUGGAGCGCGAGGCAGGAGAGAAGAAGCAGAGCUUGUUUGUCACUUAAGGGUCACUUUUCCAGGCAGCCCUCAUUUUAAGCAAUCCUUCAGAAAUGUUUACUUUUUCCUUGUUACUGAUGCAGUCCACGGUUAUUUGAAGGACAUUUAGCAAAUACACAGAUGCAAAAUGAAAAUAUGCUCUCUGCCUGUUGGAGGUAACUAAUGCUAACCUUCGGGAACCCGCUAAGUAACUCGUGUGGCUAACAUCUGAAUUCAAAGCACACACUGGGUUGCUCUUGGAGCACCGGAGGCCUCCAGUUUGAAAAAUUCUUAGGCUGCCCCAGGAAUAGGUAUGAUCAGUGAAUCUGGAGUGGCAACAGCAACUAAGUCAAGGGCCAGAACCACGGGAGAACCAUCCCCGGGGCCAGAUGCCCAGCGCAGGCACAGCCGGAGGGGUGGGCACUAGCCAUCCCACAGCUGUGGCCCCUGCAGGAAGGUUCCUGAGCCUCCCAAGUCACAGGCCCGCACCCUCCUCCUUAUCCAAGUGACUGUUCUUCUACUGCUUUCCAUGACAACAGCCCUUUUAAAAAGAAAUGAACUUUUUAUUUUAUAAACUGUAGAACUCUAUGAGGACAUACCUGUGUGGCACAUCCUGUAUGGAUUCCUACACGUAUAUGGAGCCUGCACCUGGGAAGGAAUGAGGCUCAGAGAUGCUCUUGCCCACUUGGGUAUCUUCUCACCUUUCGUCCCUCUUCCCCAUUUCUUCAGCAAUUGUACACAGAGAGAUCAGGAUGUCAGUGGGCCCUGAUUUCUUUUUUAGAGGUUUACCAGUCCCCUAUCUUGAUCAGCACAGCCAUUUCUUUGUCCUCUUUCCCUCGCCUGGUAGGCACGGGGCCAGAACAACAGCGAGAAAAUGGAAGAGCAUUAUUGUCACUUAUGAACUCCUCACGCAGGGGGGGUCUCUCAGCUUCUUCUCUAGGGUCUCCUCGCACUGGUACCUGGCUCACUGGGGAAUGGGUGAAUGGAUGGACAAAUGGAUGAAUGAAUGAAUAAAGGAAGGAAGUUUGUUUACUGGAGGGAGAUGAAUCUCAAUGAGUCUCACAUAGUGGUGAUCCAGAGAAGUGAAGGCGGUUCCAGGGGUGGUACUGGCUUCGCAGGUUCUCCCGGGGCUCCUGAACUUGCCAUUCUCCCUUGCUAUCCUUGCCUCUCCUCCCUCUUCUUUGUCAGUCUCUGUCUGAAUCCCAAAUCCUAGAUACAAUUAAAUUGCUGUUUACCCCACCCCCCCCAUCUUCAUCAAUGAUCUCCUACUGAGCUUUUUAUUUUCCCUUACAUUUUUUGUGUGAUUAUUUGAUUAACGUCUGUCUUCUCCACUUGACUGGUAAGGCAGGGGCCAUGUGCCUUAACGUGGCACCUACAACACGGUCUGUGCUCAGGACGUAGUAAAUGAGCGCUCACCAUGAUCUUCUGAGCCCCACGGAACCGUGUUCAGUUGUAAGAGCUCCCUCCACUCCAGCCAUGGCCCAUGUCCACGGAGGUGCAUUCCUUUCUCUGCCUUAGCCUUCUCUCCCAGCACUUGUUACUGUUUCCAUUCUCACUAGAGACCCACUAACCAUUUCUCAGGCUCCCCAGGGAAAAAGAAGGUUGGCUCUUUUUAUCACUCCUUUUAGAACCUUCCAGAUGGUCCUCAUACCAUUCUUCAGGAAGCCCAUCAGAGAUUUUGAUCUCACCCACUUCCCCAAGUUAGUGCCUUGGAUAGAGCCCUCCAGGCCCCUCCAGCAUUCCUGGAUGACUCCAAGCUGGGGUUCAAAGUCCCUCUUGCUUUCCACAACUCUCUUCUGCCACCUGCUUUGCCACUGACUUUGUAUGUGCAUCAUCACAUCAUCAUUUUCUUAUGCCAUAUUGUUAUGUAUCUGUGUCUGUUCCCCUAGGAGACUGUGAGCACAGCAAGAGCAGCUGUGGCUUGUUGCCCUAGCACCUAGCACAGUGCCGGGCACAAAGCAAGUGCUCAACAAAUGUCUGCUGAACAGAAUGGAGUGAACUCAUUUUUAGGGCUUGAGGGAGUCACCUCCACUCGGAUUUAGACAUCAACACACUUAAUUGUGUUACUUCCCAAACCCUAAACUUGGAACCUCUCAUUCUUGGACCCCUGUCCCAUGCUCUCAGUCCUGCAAUACCCUAGCUUAGCCAAGGAGACUUUGAAUGCCAGUAACAGAAAUCUACUCAUACUACUCAUACUAAUGCAAAUUUUACUAGUGAGAGGAUUUGUGGCAACCCAAGAGCUCAACAGGGAGCCUUCUGGAAGGGCAGAGAGAGGGCAGCCCAGAGCCUUUAGCUAAAGAGUUCACGGGCCUUUAUUAACCCUGUGCUCUACCUUGAGUCUCUCUGACCCAGCGUGCCUCCCUCACAGGGCAGCUGUGGACCACUGGGAUCAUUGGUACCAUUGUGUUCUGGCUAUUCAAUCAGUAGGUGGCCCAAUUCCAAAGUCCAGGGAGAGGAAGCAGCAUUUAGAUCCCCCUCUUGGGGAAGGUGUCUAUCCUGUUCCAAUCAGUUAUGGCCACAAUGGAUAGGGACAUUAAAUCGUGUGCUCCUCGAGCUCCUCCCUUCAAUUGCUCUGUGCAGAUCUCAUCCAGCCAAUAAAGGAGCUUGAGUGCUAUUGACAAAGAG